CGUGCUGAUCCUUCUCACAGGUCUCUCUGUUGGUGUAACUUCUCUCCAUCCCUCUCCUCCCUCAUCAUUCAGCAGCAGCACCAGAGAUGGCGGAACACACCACAGCGGCGCUCUCUCCAGCCGUGAGCCCAAGCUCCGAGCCGCCGUCCGGUGCGCUCACUCCCACAGCAGGCGGAACGCAGCGGCUCCUGUUUACGCAUGACCUGGUCUCCGGAAAACACGGCGGAGCGAUGCGCUUCGGGCUUGUACGAAUGAUUCACGGCGAGGAGGAUUUUGAGGAUUCAGACUCGGAAAUUGGCGGUGGGAGAGGAGCAGGAGGAGGAGGUGGUGGUUGUGUUGUUGGCGGCGGCGAUGGUGGUGGAGACGCUCGCGGCAACUCAGACAACGAAAGUGGGGCGGCGGACACACGGUCAUGGCCUCUCGGUAGAGGAUUCGUGCGAGUUCAGUGGUAUCCCGAAGGGACGAAGCAGGAUGUUCGGGAAACGAAGCUGAAACUUGAAGAUCGAUCUAUUGUGCCUAGAGACUUCGUCAGGCGAAUGAACUCAAAUGAUAAACAGUGUGGUAUUGUGACCAACAUAAACACUGAAUGUGCACUGAAGCUUGUAGGGACCAACUGUGUUCUUUAUCCUGUUAAAAGCAAAGACCUGCAGCAUGUCUGGUCAUUUAUGUAUGGUGACUACAUUGUUUAUGACUUCUGGCUGGGAAAGGUAUAUGAUCUCAGCAUCCAAAUCAUUGUGAAGCUUUCCAACGGAGCACGGUGUUCUAUGAGUGAGGAGGAUGGUGCCAAACUUUACGAUAUAUACCCUCACAUUAGCGAUGUGGGUUUGUUCUUUGAUGAUGCAUAUGGGUUCUACCCGGGCCAGGUUUUGAUUGGGCCCUCGAAGGUUUUUGCUAAUGUGCAGUGGCUUUAUGGUGUAAAGCCAGUUCUCAGUAAGAAAAGCAAAUUCAGGGUUGUUGUGGAGGAGGUUCAGGUGGUGGAGCUAAAGGUGACGUGGAUUACAAAAAGUUACUCUCCAAAAGGGUCAGACAGUGUUUUCCCACCACCCUCAACCAUCACACAGGAGAACCUUGGCAGAGUGAAGAGACUGGGCUACUUUGAUCACGCUCAGAGGCAGCUGGGAGAGAGGGCUCUGUACGUGUUUCCUGCCAAGAGUGAAACCACACACAUCACCUGUGAGGGGCCAGAGGGGACCCCUGCUCACCCUGAGGACCCUGUUGUUCGCAAGUUAAAAAGAAUGUUUAGAAAGGAACCAGGAAAGAAAAUAACAGAAAAUUCAGACACUCAGAAUAACAGAUCACAGACAACAGAGAAAGCAGACAACAUUAAAGGUGAGGAGAAAUCAGUGCAGGAAAAAGACUGUCCUGAUGACAGUUCCACCCAAUGCUGCCCCAACAAUGUUCAUGUUCCAUGCCUUGAUGGUCUGGAGGAGGGGAAGGAGCCAUUGGCAAAUGCUUCCCAGGGACAGUGGACCCAACUGGGGGAGCAAGAGUCAGAUGAUGAGGCAGCAGAUGACACAGAUGAUACCAGCUCCGUCACUUCCUCUGCCAGCUCUACAGUAUCACUGCAGAGCGGCCCGACCCGGAAGAAGAGCAUCCCCCUCUCCAUACGAAACCUGAAGAGAAAGCACAAGAAGAAAAGGACAAAGUUUUCUCACGAGUUUAAACCAGGGGACAGGGUGGCUGUAGAGGUUGUUUCCACCGUGACCUCUGCUGAUGUGAUGUGGAAGAAUGGUAGGUUUGAGACGGACAUCCGCUCCAAUGACCUGAUCCCAAUUCAACACCUGGACAACCACGAGUUCUGCCCUGGAGACUAUGUUGUUGACAAACGACCCCUGGCUCUUGAGGACCCAGGUGUCUACGGAGUGAUUCAGUCAGGUGAUCACAAGGCCAGAACCUGCGUAGUCAAGUGGGUCAGACUCAAUGCUGCUGGCAGCGAUGUUGAGGUGAUUGGAGAGGAGGAGGAUGUUAGUGUCUAUGACAUUGCUGAUCAUCCUGAUUUCCAUUUCCACACGACGGAUAUUGUCAUUAGGAUCGGCAAUUCAAACUCAGAGGACUGUGAAAAUGAGAGGUCUGUUGGCCAGGUGUGCAGGGUGGAACUGAGCAGUAAAGUGGAGGUUGUGUGGGCUGAUAAUUCAAAGACAAUUGUCCUUCCACAGCACUUGUAUAACGUGGAGUCUGAGAUUGAAGAAACUUAUUAUGACUCUACAGAGGGUAGCAGUAGUGGUGCCUCUUCUGAAGAAUGGGUGGAUGAGAGUGAUAGCUGGGAGACAGAUAAUGGACAAGUGGAGGAGGAACCAGGAGGGGGGGAUGCUGCCCCAGUCUCCUACCCCACCACAGGUUAUGACAAAAUCCAUGGCGUGAAUGCCUCCACAACCACUGACUCACCUGGAGCCGUCUCCACACCUGAGCUGCCUGGAGGUGGAGGUGGAGUCAGUGCAUCUGAAGAGAAGCCCAGCAAAGAGACUCCACCACGGGGUUUCCGUGAGCUCAAAGAGGCCUUAAAGAUUUUGGAGAGUCUGAAGAACAUGACUGUUGAGCAACUUUGGACUGGAUCACCCACUUCUCCUACUGCUGAACCUACAGCUGCAACCGCUGCCACAACGCCUGCUGAUGCUAAACCCACUAAGGAAAAACGCUUCCUGGAUGACAUUAAAAAACUUCAGGAAAACCUGAAGAAGACUCUGGAUAAUGUGGCCAUUGUGGAGGAAGAAAAGAUGGAGGCUGUUAUGGAGGAGGAGAGGGCAACAGUGUCAAUGCCAGCUGAACCCCAGAUGCCUGUGCGUUCUGAGUGGACCACUGACACGCCAGUUUUGUGUCAGCAGAGUGGAGGCAAACCAGGUGUCACCUUCACCAGUGCUAAAGGGGAAGUGUUUUCCGUUUUAGAAUGGGCACCAGACACCCACUCAUUUAAAAAAAUGGAAUUCCAGCCAGCAGAGGCAAAGAAGUUCUUCAGCACUGUAAGGAAAGAAAUGGCCCUGCUGGCAACCUCUCUGCCUGACGGCAUUAUGGUGAAGACAUUUGAGGACAGAAUGGACCUUUUCUCAGCUCUCAUCAAGGGCCCUAAUCGCACGCCCUACGAGGACGGACUUUUCCUCUUUGAUAUCCAGCUCCCUAAUAUCUACCCUGCUGUUCCUCCUCUUUUCUAUUACCUUUCUCAGUGCAGUGGGCGACUUAACCCAAACCUCUAUGAUAACGGGAAGGUCUGUGUUAGUCUGCUCGGCACCUGGAUUGGAAAGGGCACUGAAAGAUGGACAAGCAAAUCCAGUCUACUGCAAGUGCUUAUUUCCAUACAAGGUCUGAUCCUGGUCAACGAGCCGUACUAUAAUGAGGCCGGCUUUGACAGUGACCGAGGCCUUCAGGAGGGUUAUGAGAACAGCCGUUGCUACAAUGAGAUGGUGCUCAUUAAGAUGGUGCAGUCUAUGACUCAACUUCUCCUGCAGCCCGUGGAGGUCUUUCAGCAGGAGAUCCGAGAGCACUUCGCCUGCGGUGGUUGGCGGCUGGUCCAUCGGCUAGAGUCCUGGCUAGAGUUGGAAGGGGCGGUGACUGACCACGGGUUCCGACGUGGGGGUGGCAGCGGCAGCCUCCGUGCAGAGCCUCUGGAGGAGAUCCCCACAGCUCUGGUCCACAGCAGCCCAAGCAAGCACGAUGUUUGGAGCGAAGAGGAGCUUGAGAAUUCGGGGCUCAGCCCAUCUACGUCGAGGCCCAGUGGACCUCUUGGGGAGCAACAGGACCUGAGCCAGAACUCAGAUUGUGGUUCAUUGGUGGUUGGUGCAGAAUCAGAAGUGCUGGAAAGUCCUGAAGGAUUGUCCGGUUUUGUGUUAUCCCAACAAACUGGAAAACCAUGUCAGGAGUUUCAACCAGUGGUCAGACCAAAGAAACGGAGAAAGAGCUAUCGCAGCUUUCUUCCAGAGCGUAGUGACUAUCCAGACAUCGGGUUCCCACUAUUCCCACUGUCCAAAGGCUUUGAAAAGAGUAUGCGUGUAGUUCUGCAACAAUAUCGAGCUACUUUAACUUCAUUUGGCGUUCCUGAGCACCCUGAGAACAAAUAAUUGCCCUCUAGCUUUAUUUUUCUCUCUCUCCCUCUCUUUUCCCCAUUAUGACAGAGCACUGCGCUCUUCUCAUCAGACUGAUAGUGUUCCAUAGCAGCCUUUUUUAGUUGCUUUGGAGAGCAUUUUUAGUUUGCUUUUUUUGUUGCUUCUCAUUUUGUUAUGGGAUGGCAGCACACACUAUUGUUUACAUUAAAACACUGUUGAAAUUUCAUAUGCUUCUAUCUUGUUUCCCUGAAAACAACCCUGCCGACACACCGGUCUCUCAGGGAGGUAUGAACGAAAAAGACAGAUGUGAGACGUUAUAGACACUGAGGCAUGACUGAAGCUUUUGUUAUGUUAGUGGCUGUGUGAGUAUUAACUGUGCCAGAGGGAAUCCAUUCAUUGUGCCUUGGGAUGCUCUGAUUGGUCCUAGCACUAUUUUGAUGGGUUUACUAUCAUCAAACUCUCACCACAUUUGGUUUGCACAAGUUGGAGAAGGUUCACUUGCAGAAAAAAAGAGUGGGGAUGUUUUUGUCAGUGUUUCCAUAAUGUAUCGGGUCACGUGUGAUUUAAGUCCUUGGUUCAUCAAAUUAUUAUAUUUUCAUAUCAUGAGCUAUCUGGGCCAUAUUUCCAUAUGUAGUGUUGCUUGAUGUUUUGCAUUGUCUUUCAAUCUGUGAACAAUAUCAUCAGUUAUUUUGAAUGUUGGAGUUGCUGACUGUUUUUUGACCCAGACACACUCAGAAAGUUGUACAACUGCCCAGUCAUGGAAAGUGUACAGGCCCCGAUCAUUCCUGCUGGUGUUGUGCACCGAAACCAUUGUCAAGUUUACAUGUUAAAUUUUUUUUUUUUUUAAAAAAGCAACUCGACACUACUCUGAUUUUUCAAAAUGUAUUUCCUAACACCCCCUUUCUCUCUCCCUCACCUUCUAUGGCACAACAGAGAUUUGCCCAUUGCAGGAAGGUGCCCUAAAUUGUUCCCGGCAGGCUGAGGAGCCCCUAACCCCUCCCCACCCCUGAUUCUAACAUUAGUGAGCCUGUAAGGCUGAGUAAUCUACCAGGCACAAUUGGGAGUGCUUUUCAGAUAUAUGCGACUUGUUUCAGAAAGAAUAAUUUGAACAUAACAUUUCUGUUUACAUAAACAUCAGGCCAGCUGUAAUUUAAGAUCAGCCUGCAGACACGGUGUGUGUUAUGUGCUUUUCCAGUUUGUGAUUCAGUUCUUUUGAAAAGUACACACAGAGAUUUGUUCAUAUGUAUUCAUAGGGCUUUUUUACAUGUAACAGAUUAACAGAGCUUAAUAAUAAUCUUAGUUUUGAACAAAAGUAAUUGCGCAUAACUACAUUUAUUUCCUCUGGGUGAAACACUGACCUGCUGGUUUCCUUUUUUGUAUCCGUCUUUGUUUCUCUUUGUAGUUUGGCUAUUGGGCUGAUGUAGCAGAAGGUAAUAUGUAAUAUACUGCUGAAAUUUUCAGCUCAUUAGCAUUUAAAUUCAAUCUUAUUUAUGACAAAGGAACGAUACAAAGAUAGGUAUCUUUGGGUGAUGGCCCUGACUUGUUUUCUUUGGCAAGAUAUUCUAAUAUGUUUCCAUGAGAGUUUUGAGAAAUAUCCUACAAAGAAUGAUUUCAUUUUGCCUUUUAAUUUUAUUUAGCAUUUGUAGCUUAAUACAGUUUGAUAGCUGGAGAGCAAGAAUGCUUUAUUGAAUUGUUUCAUAAGCACAUUUGCUGAGAUCAUGGAGCUGGUAAUUUUAUCAAUGCACUCAGUUCCCUUUAAUCCAUCUCAGUAAAAGGGAAAAUAAAGUUUCCACAUGCAUAUCAACUCCCAUAACUUCCUGUAUACCUAUCUUCUUCCUCAACACUGUCUCGUACAUUAUUUCAGCUCUCCAUAUUUUGGUUUCUGUAUAUCUACAGGUACUAAAAUGUGAAGCUAGGUCUCAAAUGAGAAUCAGAAGUCAACCUCAUGAAACUGAGCUAUUUUUUGUGCAUGUGUACAAUACUAUGAAUUUAAUCACACUAUUAUGAAGAGAGAUAACAGCCAAAGCAUGUAACAUGUUGCUUUAAGCCUUAAUGGCUACAUGAGACUUCACUGUACAAUGUAAACAUUUCCACAGUGGGCUGUAUUGGUAAACUAAUAAACAUGAUUUGUGACCUGAAUCUUCUGUACUUAAGUCAUGACUAUAUAUAUAUAUAUAUAUAUAUAUAUAUAAAUGUGUGCAGAAAAUGACAACUGGUC